AUGCAAAUUUUCAGAAACGUUUUAGCUUUUAUUGCCUUGUCAUCUACAGGUUUCAAUUCUUUUGGUGCUUUUGCUUCUCCAGUCCCAGAAUCUGAACUGAUUGCUGAUGAACCUCAACCGGCUGAUCAAAUUAAUGAACCUGUCUCUUUAGAAAAAAGAACCAUCCUUGGUGAUGCAAUGUUAUCUCAAGGUGGUGUUGUCGUUACCUAUGGUUCAUCAGCAGCUACUUUACUAUUGGCAAUAGUUUGUCCUGGUGUUACUCAGGUUUAUGCUGCAUGUGCGGGUCUUGCUUCUAUCGGACUUGCUGCAAGCUCUUUUGGUAUGGCUUUGAACACUGCUGGUUUUUUUCUUGAAAUUGGUGAUGCCCUUACUCCAGCAUUAGGCCAUGUUUUAGGCAAAGAAGAGGACCAUGUUGUUACUGAUCAAGUAUUUGACCAUUAUAAAGAGAUUUGGGGUGAUGAAAUUGACUUUAAUCAGUUUUAUAAUGUUUCUGGCGAUGAUUUUGAGUCACAAAGUCUUGAUGUUAAUGAUAUUGGUAAAAGAGCUUUUUCAAAAGUUGAGUUGUUGAAAGAGAUUACUGGUAUUGAUACAUUAUAUAACAAGGUUUAUGAUAUCUCUGACCAAUCAGUUGAUGCUGAAGAUAUACCUGAAAGUCCUUUUAUCGAAAAGGUUUGGGAAGUUAGUCCAAGAUUGAGACAAGGUGAUGGUUAUAGAGAUAGAUUUAUUAGAUUUUUCCAAUCUUUUAAAGCCAAUCCAACUAUUUUGAUUUAUAAAAGUAUCUAUGGUGUUCAUGUUUCUACCCCAAUUAGUCCACUUACAAACAAGAGAAGAUUAAUCAAAAGUAUUUUCAAUGCAACACCAUCAUCUGGUCAAGCUUUUGAAUCUUUUGGUUUGGUUUCAAAUGCUACUGGUAAAUUCACCAAAGGUAUCAAAAAGGUCAAGGAUAGUUAUCUUGAUGGAUUUAUUACUUUAACUUUGGACGUUUCAAAAAAAAGUGCAGACUUUUGGGGGCCAAUGUUGAACAGUUAUUUUGAAAAGGAACAUUCAGCUUAUACAAUGGAAAACUUUGCUAUCAAUGGAACAGGUGCUUUAUUAACUACAGAAGAAGCUUUCAAAACUGAUGAUGGCUCAGUGAAAGUUUGUGGUGCUCUUUUCAAAGGUGAGGUUAGUCCAGAACCAUCAAGAUUGCACACUUUGAAACAUUUGUUGAGAACUCAAGCUUACUUUGGUACUUAUGGUCCAAUUGACCCAGGGUGUCACUCACUUUUUGGUUAGUGUUGCACUUUUAAUCAAAGGUUUUUAUUUGUGGUUUUGUUUUAUCACCACUUGACCUUUGAUCUUUUUCUUUUUCUCUUCCCAUUUACUUAUUUUCCGGCUACAUUGAGCUGCUCUAUUCCUUUUUAUAACCUUCUUUUUGAUUACAAUUAUGACAACAUCAUGUGGAUUAACAACACCCAACUCAAUUGAUAGCCAGUUUAAAA